AUGAACGGCUAUCCGAGCGAAAACCAGCAGCGGAAUCUACAGCAGCCGUUUUUUGAGAUGCAAGAUGCUGCCGCAGCUGGAGGGCAGUAUGGAGGGGACUCGAACAUAUUCAGUCAAAUCAAGGACUUGUAUGCUCCAAGCGGUAUUGAUGUGCUGAACAUACUGUUGGCAGUCAAAUGUCGGCCAAAUCCCCAAAUCGACAUCGGCAACAUCGACAGCGGCGUUGCCCUCGUCUUGUGCGAUGCCGAUGAUCUUGACAACCCUAUAGUCUACUGCUCUGAGCCCUUCAUGUCGCUCACCGGCUACGACUCCGCGGACAUCAUAGGAAAGAACUGCCGCUUCUUACAGCACCCCCCUGGCCAAAAGUGUGCAGAUCGAGAUAUCAUUUCCACCAACUCAGCCGCAAGGAGGAAGGUAAAACAUAACAAUCUCCACGGCAUGGAAUCGCAGACCAGGUUUGUAAACUUUAGGAUAGAUGGUUCAAGGUUCAACAACAUCUUGACCUUGAUACCAGUCCAUUGGGAGGGGAGGAAUUACAUCGUCGGCCUCCAGGCAGACGAGGGGAGAAUUUACCGAUAA